AAUAGAUGACCAAAGAAAACCCCGAAACAACGAGGGAAACGACUUUACUCUUCCAAAAUUGAAACCCUAACCACCAACUUCACCUUUACCAACAAGUGUUUCGUGACCGAGGACCACUAGCCGCGGCGUUGGGAGUAGUCCUUUGGAAAUAGAUCACCAAGGCCUCCAAAGCCUAGACUCGAAGAAAUUCCUUUCCGAUCAAAACACGGUGAGGCUAAAUAAGCUAAAUAAAGAAAAGCAAAAAACGGAAAGCUAGAGUAUUAGUCUCGCCGGCGAUCGGCGUUCCCCUCCUUGCCAUCGUCGGCGAGCUGUGAGUGAGAAAGGGGAAGCGGUGGAGUCGGUGGGGGAUUAGGAUGGAGCUUUCUUUUUUAGGGAGAGAAAGGGGAAUGUAAAGGCUCAUACUUGUUAAUAGAAAAUCAAACUAAGAACAAUCAAACUAAACAAAUUAAUAAGAACAAUAUGAAAUAAAUCACUACAUAUGAUCAAACUAAGACCAAUCACUAAACACAAUCAAAUCCAUCAUCAUGACUAGAUUAAACUAAGCACUAGUAAUCAAGCUAAUAUCAAACUAAUCAAGUCAAAACUAACAAAAUCAAGCAAAGAACAUGAUCAUCAAUGAAAAUUUAGAACAAAUAAAAAAAUUUAAACAAAUGAAAAGACAAAACAAAGGAAAGACAUUGAGUUAGCCACAUAAUCAAAAAGUGGAACCCACAAAAAUCAGAAAUCAAACCACAUUCUAUCCUCACCAAGAUAACAUUACUUGACUCAAACAUUACUUGGUUGAAUUUCAAACACCCACUUCUCCUUUCUCCAAUGGCGGCCUUAGCAACCACCACCACCAUCACCACCCUUUCUCUCAACCACCUCACACACACUCGCAACCCCAUCACCACAUUCUCUCUCCACCCCCACAAACGCAAACUCACCCCACCACCCCUCUCCGCUCUCCCACCCCUCCUCUCCACCAUCACCGACAUCGACGCCAACCCAACAACACUAGCCGUAAUCGGGGGCGGAUCACUCGCGGCAUCAAUGGCGGCGCUAGCAGCAUUACUCUCGCUAACCGACCCCGAGAAGCGGCGUCAGCAGCAGGCGGAGGUCGUUGGCGGGAGCGAUAAGGAGGUGGUUAGAGAGUACUUUAACGGAACAGGGUUUCAGCGAUGGAAGAAGAUUUACGGGGAGACGGAUGAUGUUAAUAAGGUUCAAUUGGAUAUUCGGAUUGGACAUGCUAAAACUGUUGAGAGUGUUGUGAUGAUGUUGAAGGAGGAUGGGUCGCUUAAUGGUGUUACGGUUUGUGAUGCUGGGUGUGGAACUGGGUCUUUGUCUAUUCCUUUGGCUAAGGAAGGUGCUGUUGUUUGUGCUAGUGAUAUUUCUGCUGCUAUGGUUCAGGAAGCUCAGGCUAAGGCAAAAGAGGAGCUUCAAAUUAGCGAUACUAGUCCCUCAUCAAGUAUUGUGAUGCCAAAAUUCGAGGUGAAGGAUUUGGAGAGCUUGGAUGGGAAGUAUGAUACAGUCGUCUGCCUUGAUGUUCUCAUUCAUUACCCCCAAGAUAAAGCAGAUGCAAUGAUUGGCCACCUUGCUUCAUUGGCUGAGAAUCGAUUAAUACUAAGUUUUGCACCCAAGACAUUUUAUUAUUCUCUAUUGAAGAGAAUAGGAGAGCUAUUUCCAGGGCCUUCAAAAGCCACAAGGGCAUAUUUGCAUGCAGAGGAUGAUGUAGAAAGGGCUUUGCAGAAGGUUGGGUGGAAGAUUAGAAAGAGAGGAUUAACUACCACACAAUUUUACUUUGCCAAAAUUGUCGAGGCUGUACCUGCAUAAAUAAAUUGAGAGGUUAGAUCCAUGUUUUUAUUUGUUCACAUUCUUAAUCUGUAGAUUAUUUUUUUGGGUUAGUCUUAUGUAAAGUCCUGUGAUUUUAAGUGUAUCUUAAUAUUCUGUGUUAUUAUAAAGUUCUGUAUUCAUCAAGUAUAGGCAACUCUAACUUUAAUUAGACAAAGAACAGAAGUUCCAAUUUUGUAUGGGAGGCUUUUGUUGUCCAUGAUAAUGAAAAUAAUCAGCUAAUUUUUCUUA